ACAAAAUGUCUGUACGUCUUACUGUUGAUGAUUUCCUAUUGGCUGACGGAGUCUCUCCCUCUACCAAUCACGAGCCUCCUACCAAUGGUUCUAUUUCCGGCAUUUGGAAUUAUGAAGGGCAAGAAGAUCGCCAUGUUUUAUAUUUCCGACGCAUCUAUGACAUGCGCGGGCGGUCUGAUGCUAUCUCUGGCCAUUGAGAAGUCGAACUUACACGGGAGACUUGGACUGGCUAUUCUUGCCUUCCUGGGUUCAAAUCCCACCAGGAUUUUAUUGGCCUUCAUUACCAUUGGCUGGUUUUUCUCAAUGUGGAUUAAUGGCGUUGCAUUGAUAACAUUAUUGAUGCCAUUUGUUGAUGCUGUGCUCUGCCAGUACAAAAGGGGUUCGUUUAUGAUUGGCUGGUUUUUGAAUGACUAG